UCAUAAUAACAACAAUAAUAAUAAUAAUAAUAAUAAUGAUAUGUGAGUUAAAGUCGACGUGAUUCUCAGAUCUACGAUCAGAUGUUUAGCGCAAAACGUUUGUGCGUCCGUUAUUUACGUCGUCUGAAAACACAAUCACAGACUGAGGCGGUUCUUCAUCACAGACCAAAGUCUUCUGGAAACUGUGGCUUCAUACUCUCACACGAUGAAGAAGACUCUGUUGCCAUGGUUACUCCAGACACUUGGAGCAGUCGUAGGAUUCGUCAGAGCCAGCAGUGGGGUCAUGUGACCACAUGAAAGGACAAAGGCGCAUGAUGUCACUUCUGUAAUCACACGCGUGUCCAACCACAGGACGUUCUCUGCCGCGUGCGAGCGAGUCGACAGUCCACGAUGUCGGAGAGAAACAAGGACGCCGAGUCGCUCUGCUACAUCAAGUGGCAGUUUGACCAGCUGAGGCAUCAGCACGAGUACAGCACCGAGCUGUGGGGAAACCGCGUCUCUGAAAAGAACCACGUCAUCAAGACUCUGGAGGAACAGGUCGCGUCGCUGCAGAAAGCCGUGAAGGAAGGCAAGAUAAGGGAGGAGGAGCUGAGGGAGAUGUUAGAGGACAGCAAGGAGACGACGGAGAGACUCACGCAGGCCAAGACUCGCCUGGAGACGAGCGUCCUCAAAUACUCAGAAAUGCAACAGGAGUUAAAGAAAGAGUUAAAGGAGACUCACGAGCGGCUCAAGGCAGCGCUAACGGAAACAGAGGCGCUAACGGAUUCAGUGAUGAAGCUUCAAGAAGAGGUGGACGAGUGGAGGACGAGGACGUCGGAGCUGGACAAGUCGUACGCCAAAAUGAAACACAACGCGGACACGGAAGCGUCGGCGCUCAAGCACGAGAUCGAGGAGCUGAAGAAGGCGGUCGCGAUGAAUGAGCUGUCCAUUAAAGAACUCGUGCAGGACAUGGACAAGAAAGAGAAGGAACUCGAGAAAGAAAUGAGAAUUUGUGCCAAAUACGAGGAAACGAUCAUUUCCCUGAAAAACCAGCACUGUCGGGACAGCGAGGUCAUCCGAGCGUCUCACAACAAGUUCAACGAGUUAGUCAAUCUGCACCAAAAACUCAACGAGAAGAACGUGUCGCUCCAAAGUAAGAUUGAGCAGGCGGAUCAUUUAAAACCGGCCGUGAGGAACCUGCAGGAGCAAGUUCACCGUUUAACCGACGCCAACGCCACGCUGCACGCCGCCGCCGGGGAACUGUGCCGGGACUGCACUCGCUUAGAGGGAGAGAAACUGCAGGCAGCGCUCAGAGAGGAGGACACCGUGGCCGCCAUGCAGGAAGUCCAGGACACCAACAACUUCAUGACCAAGGAGUUGGAACUGCUCACGAGUAAAGUGCAGUACAACGAGCAGGAGUUCAAAAGAUACAAGAACAUGGUCGAAAAACUGAUGAAGCGCGUGGUGGAGGAUCUGGAUUCCUGCAUCUCUGUGAUCGAUAAGCCCAACGAGCUGAGGGCCCGAGUCAUCGAGAUCAACGACGCUGUGCCCGCCUCGUACAGGAAGUCCAUGAUGGAGAAAGAGAGCAAGAGCAAACCCAAGCCGCUGUCGCCGGGCACUGAGGUGAUUUACCAGAACACUCGACGAGCCAAAGAACGCCUGGAGCAGAAGGUGGAGAUCAUGCAGUUCAACUUCAACAAGGAGAGAAGUAACCUGAUCAAGAUCAUCAACGAGCAGAUCCACGAGAUCGACGUGUUAAAGAAGACUCUGCAGGCCGUCAGGUGCAGGAGGAAAGUUCUGCUUCCUGCAAAGCCGCCCGCAAAAUCUUCCUCCACGACUGGGUUAGCGUGUCCUGUUGCUCCAGAGCAGAGCAGCUUAUCUGAGUGCAUGUCAGUACUGAGUGUUCACGACAUGACAAAAAACUCAUCAUAAAGUAAUAAAUGUAAUGUGAGGGGGCGGGGCCUGAGGGUGCUCUGGACGCAGGAAAGCGAAACACUCCGCGGGUCGACCUGUACGUUUGUUCUUUAACGGAUCGUCGGUGAUUCACUGGGAUUUCACUUCAGUGACUGAACGACUGAAUCUUUC